UAUUGUUCAACAAAUAUGUCUACACCAGAAGCAACACUCACGGAAACACCACCUACUGGCACUGUCGCUGCCGUCGCAACGGUAGAAGCCCCUGCAACGCUCGUUUUCUCAUCACCAAGCUCAAGAACGGGCGGUACAAGAAAGCAGCGUGGCCAUCUAUUCGGCCACAUCCCGCGGAAGAAUGCAACUGAUCUACGGCGGACAGCCCUUCAUCUUCGAGAAGACGCUGAAGCUAUCUUCGGGGGAGGAGAAGCGCUUCUGGCGCUGCAACCAGUGGUGGAACCAGAAGUGUCGCUCCCGCGUCUUCACCAUCAACGAUGUCGUCUGUCCGCUCAACCGAUUCCACACGCACGAGGAGAUUGUGCGGCGCAAGAAGCGCGUGCGUCGCGUGCCGCCGGUGGAGACAAUUGCCAAGGUGGUCACCACCACAGCGUCCAGGCAACCGCAGCAGCUGCAGCAGAGCCAGCAGCAGCAGGACAUUCAGCUGACCAGCGAUGCCAUCCUGACCAAUGCCGGAGCCAUGCUCGAGGACGAAUCCCCGGCCACGAUUGAUGUCAGUGAGCUGGGAAUGCAUCUGAAGUACGAGGAAAUAGUAGCGGAUGUCACGGGCAUAGUGGGAGCCACGCGAGUGGUCAGUCGACGGAAGUGAAUGAAUGCGAACUUUUUACGAAGACGGCUCGAUUUUUCCGUGAGGAAAAAUGGCAGGGUCAGAUUUACUCCAUAGAAAAUUCGAAGCACCAUAAUUUUUUACUUGCCACGUCGGAAAUUAAGAGCUUUUGUUGAACUUAAAGAAGGCUUAUUACGAUUAUUAGGCCGCAUAAAAUAUUUUAAUUAUUAUUUAAGAGAUAAAUAUUUUUAUUUUAUUUUACGUUUCAAGCUUUCCCUUCCUUUCUUUUUUAUACUUGAUGAAUGCCGCAUAAUUUCAUUUCUGACAUUUCCGAGAAUCUUCUAUACAUUAAUUUCUGUACCUUCUGUCGACUCGACUCAUUUUACUCCCCUAGACGUACAAGCUAAGUUAGCAACUAUGAUUCAGCUUAUAAAAACUUAAAUAUAUGUAUGUAAAUGUAAUAAAUGUAAGCCCAAAACAGUGCAA